CACAAGCAUACACACCUGUGUGUUGAGAACAGUAAGCCAGAGAGACUGUUAGAGCAUAUGUAUCAAAUAUGAAGGUUUUUAUCAUAAGGUUGCUAUCCAUUCUCUUUUUCACCUCCUUCUGCAGUGUGCUGUUGUGGCACUACUUUUGUCACAGUGAUGCAGCUCCCAACGAUGCAAGUAGAGUUAAACAAAAACCUGCAAAAAGCAAGGAAAAUGUCAGUAUUGACAAACUGAUAGCGAAUUACACUUCCAAAUGGAAAAAGCAGAAGAUGAACAUUGAAUCUUACAGGUCAUUGCUAGGCAAAAGUUGCAAUGCCAUUUCCAGUGCACUGGUUACUCAGAGCAACUCACCUGUGGGGAAAAAUAUUACUUAUGAUGCAUCUAAUAAAAAGCUAGUGGUGACACCAGCCUUGUUCAGCAAAUUUCCCAAGGAGAGCCCCUUUGAAAAAGCACCAUGGGACUCGUGUGCUGUAGUAGGCAAUGGAGGCAUCUUAGCCAACAGCAGCUGUGGAAAACAAAUCGACUCUGCUACAUUUGUCAUCAGGUGUAAUCUUCCUCCACUGAGCAAUGGACAUGAGAAAGAUACAGGAAACAAAACAAGCCUUGUUACAGCCAAUCCUAGCAUCCUCUUUCAAAAGUACCAUGGGCUAAAUAAGCACCAGCAGUCAUUUGUGGAGGAUAUGCAGUUGUAUGGGGACGCUCUACUCAUGCUGCCUGCCUUCUCAUUUCGGCGGAACACAGGUGUGUCCCUGCGUGCCCUCUACUCACUGGAGGACUUCAGCAAGCAUGGCCCACGGGCGGUCUUCUUUAACCCAGCGUAUCUGAAAAGUCUGGCAGGCUUUUGGCGUCGCCAGGGAAUUCGCUCAUUUCGCCUCAGCACUGGUAUCAUGAUGGCCAGCCUGGCACUGGAGCUCUGCAAUAAUGUCCAUCUGUACGGCUUCUGGCCCUUCGGAACACACCCGUACACCCACCAGCCACUCACCAACCACUAUUAUGAUAACCGACCAGUAAACAAAAGAAUGCAUGCAAUGCCGGCUGAGUUUAAAGCCUUGCUGAAUCUCCAUAACAAGGGUGUGAUCCAUCUGCACCUAGGGGAGUGCACAAAUUAAACUACUGUAUGUGGAGUACUCUCUAUUAAAAUGUUCCUCAAUUGUACCAUAAGCUCAUAUAAUUUAUCAAAUUGAUGCAAUUUGCAAGAAUAGAACAUUUAAUUAUUUAACAAAUGCUGGAGUAGGUACUUCUUCUUAUAAUGACUCAAUAAAGAUGAACAGAUUCAGGGAUAUAUAGAUUUUUUUCCUUUCCCUCAUUUUUUACUGGUGGAGCAAAUUUUUAUCUACUCUUUAAUGAUCACACUGUUAAACUCUUGUGGUUUUAAACUACUGAGCAUUUCCAGUCAGAAUAAAGCAGCAGAAGUAGUAAUGUUUUUUGUUAAUUCAUUUAUCCAUUAUCCAUUACCCGUUGAGGCAUGGACUCCACAAGACUUCUGAAGGUGUGCUGUGGUAUCUGGCACCAAGACGUUAGCAGUAGAUCCUUUAAGUCCUGUAAGUUGUGAGACCUCCAUGGAUCAGACUUGUUUGUUAUAGUUUAAAUAUCAUUAACAUCUCAAAUAUUAUUAAAUAUCAUUAAAAGCAUCGAAU